GUAGCCACAAAAAUCAGCAUACCAUGUCCGAUUCCACCCCAACCAAGAAGUCCUCAACCACCUCCUUCUUCACAAACGCAUCCUCAGAAUUCACCGCCACCCCGCUGAAAACCCAGCCCUCCAGCAGACCGACAAAGAAGCACCCCUCCAAUCCCUCCAUCUCAACAGACAGCUCCAGCAACUGGGACGGCGAGCGAUUCUCCCUCCACGCCCCCGACGGCGGCCCACCCCAACACCCACCCACCAGCCAACCCCCUCUCCCCCAAACCCACACCACAGAAACCAUCCUCACCCCCUGCUCCUCCUCCCUCCCCAAAACCACCACCAUGUGCCCAAACACCCGCAAACCCCCCAUCUUCUGCUGCCCCGCCCUCACCCUCCACCGCUCCGACCCAGACACCACCCUCAACAAACCCCUCCUCUCCCCCGACGCCUCCUCCUUCCUCGCCCACGCAGGCGCACACCUCGUCCCAGACCGCGUCCCGCGCAGCACCGGCCUCAUCAUCCAGCGCAACGCCCACUCCGUCAAGCCGCUGCUGGCCAGCGAAUCGAAGCGACGACCGGUGGAAUCGCCGGGCGCGCCGCAGCGCUUCGUCAAGGAAGCUGUGGGCGCGGCGGCAGGGCGGUGGGUGGAGGUGACGCAGGUAGAGUGGGCCGGGCUGGGGAUGGAGAUGCUGGGGACGACGGCGGAGGUGCAGUGUGAGGCGCAUCAGGAGGCGUGGGAGUUGACGGUGUUUGGGCGGCCUGGGGAGGAGGAAGGGGUUGGUGGUGUGGGGGUGAGUAGUCGGUCGAGUUCGGAGGAGUCGAGUGAGAUUGAUCCGGAUGAGGUGGUGGAUACGAGUUAUUUGACGAGGAGGCCGGUGGGUGGUAUUCAUAGCUAUGACAGGAGAAACUGCUAUAUCUAG